UGCAAUCCAACCAACAUGGAUUCUGUGGCGGUACGGCUGACCUAACUAUGUCGACACCGAUAAUUUCACUUUCCUCGCCCCUUUACAACAACCCGUCAACAAACAGUCUGCACGUCGAUUGUUCAUUUCACAUCACAAGUCCAUCUGGGCAAAAAGUCCUUUUGACAUUCUGGGAUAUCGAGACAACGACCGAUGAAAGAAUAUCAGUAUAUGAUCACCCGACAGCCACUAGUUCCCGUAUCGCCUAUCUAUAUGGGACCGUCAGGACGCCAACAGUCCUGUAUUCAUCGAAUGUCGGAUUGACAGUAAUCUUGGAAGACCGCAGUGAUGCUUACAACGGACCUGGUUAUGCAGCUGAGGCUAGUAUUCUUGAAUUGCCGGCUUACCAACCUGGCUUCUGCGGCGGUUCAAUGGUACUCACCUUUACAACGCCUCGUGUUGCUUUUUCAACCCCAGUCUACGACAUCCCGAUUGUAGACAGUGUUGUUACACUCUGCAAGAUGUACAUAAAAGCACCAACCAACUAUCAGGUUAAGCUCACUUUAAAAGACAUCGAAACCACUAUGGACAAGCAGAUUACAGUCUACGAUCAUCCCUCAUCAACUUUAUCCAGUUACCAACUGUUUCAUUUCUACGGUAUCUUGAACGGGAGUGCCAUCAUCAUUUCUACGCGUGGGGGACUGACGUUGGACAUGCAAGACGUGACAAGUCAUUACAAUGGAAAGGGUUUCAGCGCAGAAGUUCGAAUAUACGACUUCGGUGGGAUCUCGUCCACGGAGCUCGGAUUCUGCGGAGGUACAAUUGAAUUGAGCGAUGAACUACGUUUCGUCAACAUAUCGUCCCCAUUCUUCGGGAAUCCGCUGACUGCUGCCGAUGCAUUCAUGGAGUGUAUAAUGCACAUAAAAGCGCCUUCUGAAAAGCAAGUGGCUCUAACUUUCCUCGUCUUGAAUACUACUGAAAAUGAAAUGGUGAGGGUGUAUGACCAUCCUUCAUCGGCUUCUUACAUGGUUGGUAGUUUUCAAGGUGAUCUGCAAGAUGGAGAUGCAGUCAUUGUUUCUUCCCGAGAGGGCAUCACUAUAGUUUAUGAAGAUGACAGUGCUUCUCCGAAUGGACCAGGAUUCCUUGCUCAAGCACAGAUUCAAGAUUCUUUCUCCGACACCGUAACUGGUCUGUGUGGGGGUGUCAUGGACAUCACCGAGUCUUAUCCCAGUCUGACGUUCACCACUCCUCUCUACGGCACCUCUGUCCCUUCUAGCGUGUCUCUUUACUGCAAAAUCACUAUUACCUGUCCCCCAGAGGAGCAUAUAGAGCUUACAUUGUUCGACGUCGCAGUCAGUGGGCAAGUCGGCAUCUUCGAUGUACCACCAACAGGAGCUGGAAGCAUUGUGUUCACUUGCACAGGUAUCCUCAAUGCCUCCACGGUCAUCUUUUCGAGACACUCCAGCCUGCUUAUCGACUACAGUGGAACUACUGGUGUGCUUGCAAAGGGUCGCGGAUUUACGGCGGAAGCUCGACUAGCAGGUGGCAAUUCAUCAAACAUCGACGGAUUCUGUGGCGGCACGGUCAGCCUGUCUGAAUCUCUCCCAAGCGCCACCAUCACAACUCCUCUUUAUGGUCUUACAUCACAAUUCGGUUUGCACUUAGAGUGUACGAUGCAUAUUACCAGCACCCCGGGAACCCAAGUCCAGUUGACAUUCAUAGACUUUGAGACAACUGCAAGUGAAGGUCUGGCUAUAUAUGAUCAACCUUUAUCUACCUACAACAAGAUUGCUUAUUUCUCAGGAAAGCUCGAUGUGAGAACGACAGUUUCGUCUUCCAGAGGAGGUCUGACUUUGACAUACCAAGACGACAGUGAUUUAUAUAAUGGACAAGGAUAUCUCUCCGAAGCAAGUCUGUUAGAUAUUCAGCCUAUCUCUCUGGAGCGCUCAUGUGGAGGAUAUGUCGCCUUGAACAAGAACGUUCUCCCAAGAAUGACGAUAACAUCCCCUCUGUAUGACACGUCUUCUCCAUCAAACGUUACUAUCAGUUGCUGGUGGUUCUUCUCAAACAUUUUACGAGACCGGCAAAUUGAGGUGGUUCUGAAAAACGUUGGCAUUUCUGGAGAUGAACGCAUCAAUGUAUACGACCACCCCUCUUCUCAGUCGUAUCUAAUUGCUUCGCUGUCUGGUCCGUCCGCGGAUUCCAUAUUCACAUCGACGAGGUACGGAUUGUCGAUAUAUCUAGAAGACAUCUCACCAGGCGCCAAUGGAGGUGGAUUCAUUAUUGACGCACGACUCCAAGGAACAGAAACAACGAUGUCACCAACAUCAUCAAGCAACAUGUUACCCACGGUAACAACAGACGUCUUGUCGACAAAGGGAGCCGGUGAAAUGACACAGUCGAACCCGGACACAUCGAUCACCUUGACAACAUCGACAUCCGUGUCCAGUUCAACCACCCAUGCACUGGAGGAGAACGGUACUACACCUGUAGAUAACCUCAUUGGUAUCGCAGCUGGUGUGGCGUCAUCUGUAGCAGUGGUCAUACUCGCCAUUGCCAUCAUCACCCUAAUCGCCAUACGAUCACGUAGAAAACGUCACGAAAACGGUGCCUCGGCGGCGUCCGGUUCCAGUGUUAAACCACCGAGCCCGCCCCCGCGUGGCGAUGGAUCUCGAUCACAUGAAACAACCUUCACUUAUGGAAAGGACGAUGGCAGCCUGGUUGACGAUGUCGGUGACGAUCACCACUAUUCGCGGGCGGUGUAUUCUGCUAUCGACAAUAAACCCGGUGAUGAAGAGGAGGAUCAUUACUACAUGAUUCCUCAGAGUUGUGAGGAGAGUGACGUCAUAACAGAAGGCCCGACUUACGUCAAUGAUCAUGUGACUAAACCUAGAAGAUACUUGGGCCAACAUGUUACUCACGGUAAUGAUACAGAACUUGUAUGAUCAUGAUCUUUACAAAUAUAUAGAAGCAGAAUAAAGGCUGUAAUCCUGGAGUCGAAUAGAGGUAUCACGAAUGAUUCGCCUAGAUUUUAAGCCAAUGGGCAGGCAUUGUUAGAAAAUAUUAUCUCAUUUAAGCGAGCUGAGUGCAUGCGACGUCAUAAAAUUAUUGAAAUCAUUUCAUAAUCUCUAGUUGAAUCUGUCUGUUGCUCUAAUUUUCCUGCAUUUAUCUCAAUCACCUUGAAGUCAGUGUUAUCUUCCUUUUAAGUGCACCUUUUUUUGCUUGCAUGGUCGUUGAAUUUAAGCCUUAAUCAGACCAAUAUGCAAAGAAGUACAUUUGUGUUUUUUAAAUACAAAAUGCUUGUGAGUUUGUGUGUUUUUCAUUUUGAAACUGCGUUUACCCAGAAAUUUCGAAUUACAAGCAUAAUAAUGUAGAAUUUUGAAUUUAGAUGAAUGCAAUGGGUUAUAACACAGAUAAAAUACUUUGUGCCAAGAAUUUUUUACCUUACCUAACACAUUUCCAUCAAUUGAUUGUUUGAUGUAUUUAUGGAGCUCUUAAUUUGUUCAUUCUAAGGUGAGACGUAACUUUAAAGAGGUGAUUUAUAUUUGACAUUUUUUACAUCAUUACCUAUCAUUUACUGUAAAUGUGUCUCAGGAUUUUUCACCCAAAGCCGCCUUUAUAACAACGCCUUGUUCAGAAUAUGUCAGCCCACACCUACUUAUUUAUUCUUUUGCUCUGUACUUACGGCUGAAUAUUAUUUAAAAGAAAACUCACUAAUGACAUUUCAAACUGUUCGUAGUUAUGACGUUUUAAGUUGUUAAUGGUAUUUACAAUUCUCAUAUUUAACUAAUACCAUUUUCUGUGAAUUGAUGUAUUUCUCCUGGAAUUUUAUUAUUUACCUGCUUACUUUAACAUCUGGGUUGGAAUAAAAUGUAAACUUUAAAAAAACAUCAUUAUCAAUUGGUAAUAAGACGAUAUGUGCGUACAUGUCAGUCAGAUUUCUAAACCAAUUACUUUAACAUAAAUUACCGUAGCGUGAAGAAAAAAUUAUGUUCACAAAAUUCCCCCAAUUUUCAUGUGUCGAAUCCAAGAAAUAGAAUAUUGUCCUCCCCC